AUGCAGCAAGGACGACAAAGCCUUGUUAAUGGCCAGCCCAGUAUGGCUGCGCAGCUUCCAUUUCAUGGAAACAACCCAAUGCCACAGGCUGGGAACGUUGCCCCAUCCAGACAGGUAGUCAACUCUUUCAACGUCAUGGGAGCACAACAACACGGACCUAGUACGAUGGCCCAGCAGCAAGCUGGGAGUGUUACCCCAUACAGGCUGCCACCCAAUUCAACCAGCGUCACCGGGCCACAACAGCAAGCACCUGCUAUGAUGGCCCCGCCGCAGGGUGGGAUUUCCGCGUCAUAUGGCCAGCCAGUCAAUUUAAUCCACCCCAUAGGACCACAAUAUCAAGCACCUGGUAUGGUGGUCCAGACGCAAGCGCCGAUCGCAGGCCCGCAUCAGGCUUGGAACAAUUGCCAACCACCUCAAGCACCACAGCUCUCCCCACAACAACAUGCCAAGAUGGCGCAGAUCAAGGAAGAAAGAAUGAAAUUCAAACAGGAGCUGAUGGAAGAUGUCCGCAAGGAUAUGGCAAACGUCCGUCAGGAGAUGCAGCAAUUUAAACAACAAGCUGAAAAGAGAAUGCUCCACAAUGUUCAAUAG